AUGCCAUUCUGUUCAUCAAAUGCUACGAAUAUUCUAUUCGGUCUAGCAUCUCAAUUCGGAUGGCAACUCGAUUCAAAUCGAUUGUUUUCAAAUGGUACUAGGAAUAUCUCAACUGACAGUUGGUGGGGAUCGGCUAACUAUUAUUUAUCUGUGAUACCCUUUAUUGCUGCUGCUGAUGCUGGUGUCAUUCGACAAGGUCCAUUUCGAAUCGUUCAACAAGAAAAUUUUUGCACAAACUUCGAUGAAUGCUUUCGACAAAUACCCGAUGCUAUAAGUAAAUGGCGAAUUUUCUUUACAAAUCUAUUGAAUCCUUCGUUUUGCCCACAUAAUAAAUUCGACGAUCGGACAAUUGAUAAGUGCUAUUUAGCCCCAUUGUGGUCGGCACAUAUUGCUUCACUCGACAAUGGUCUUCCACUUGUUGAAUCUAAAGUAUCUUUAUUACCAUCAUAUAUGGAACAGCGUUUUGGCCUUGGCUGGGCUAAUCUAGUUCAGUUCAUCGCAUUGGCCCGUUUGGACACGAAUUUAUCCGUAACAAACAAGUAUCAAGCUGACUAUUUACCAUUUAGGAUGCUGCGCGAAGACGAUAAACCACCUCAUUGUAGUGAUUUACCCGAUACUGUUAAUCAAGCAUUGAAGCUUCUGUUAUCUGUUCAAGCAGAUUGGUGGUCACCAUUGGUCAAAAUAUGGAAAAAUGCAACAUGCAACUAUGAAGCAAGAACAGCAGCACAACAUGUUCUCGAAACCAUUGUGCUAUCCAUUCCGAAGGCGGCGACUUUUUUUGUUCAGGCAAAUAUUGAUGCAGUUAUAUUUAAAUGUGAUGAAUAA